UGGAGAUCAAAUCUGUAGAGAAAGAGCUGGCGCCAAAUCCAAUUCUGCACGUGGCACAGGAAAAGACAGGAAUUGUGUUGGAGGCAAAAACGGUCGUAACUCACUUUCCCAGAUAGGAGAGAGGAGGCAGAGGAUACUUCUGGGCCCAGGGGUUCUGCUACACAUGUCUUUGUGUGAGACCGCCCUGCAGGUCAGGGGUGAAGCUCUGACAGAGGAGGAAAUCUGGUCCCUCUUGUCCCUGGCUGUGGAGCAGCUCCUAGAAGACAUUUGUGAUGAUUCCUUGGACUAUGUCAUCUGUCCCUGGUCAGCCCUGCUUUCUGCAGCCAGAAGUCUUUCUUUCCAAGACCAGGUUUCUUACAUAGAGGCUGCUCCUUUCAAGGCCCCUGAACUGCUACAAGGACAAAGCGACGAUGAGCAGCCUGGUGUUUCUCAGAUGCACUUCUGUUCAUUAGGAAUGACCCUCUACUGGUCAGCAGGAUUUCAUGUUCCACCAAAUUAGCCUCUGCCACUCCAUGAGUGUCUGCACUCCCUUCUGCUGACUAUGUGUGAAGACCAGCCUUGCAAGUGACUGCCAUUGUGGUUGGUUCUGGAAGUGUGUCGGGCUCACUGGGAAGAAGGGGCUGUAUACGGGGCCUCUGCCAGUCUCCAUGUCAGGCGGCUGAUCGGCUUGGUUCUGGGCACCAUCUCAGGUCAGUAUAGAUCUGUAGAAAGGAGAGUUGUGGAAGAAAGCUCCUCUGUGCAGCAGGACAGAAGGUAUGUGAUUUGGGCGAGCUGUGAGAGCCUAGUGGCACGGGCCCUGGAGGGUCUGCCCCCCUGCAGGGUUGUUUCAGAGAGAAGCACAGAGCCCCAGAACUCCCUGGAGCCUAGCCUGAGUGCCCCAGCACACAGUUGCUGCAACCUCCCUGUCAACAGCACUCUUCCAGCAGAGACACCUCAGGAUCUCCAGGACGGUCGGAGACUCAGUUCCAGUUCCGCUUUCUCUGUGGCAGUGGAAAACUCACGACUCACAACUCCUUCUCAAAGGGGCUUCCUGCAAAGAAAGGGAAAGUCCUCCAGGCCAGAAUUCAUCCUGCUGGCUGGAGAGGCCCCGGUAACUUUGUGUAUGCCUGGAUCAACUGUGACCAAGAAAGGGAAAUCCUAUUUGGCUCUCAGGGACCUCUGUGUGAGGCUGCUGUGUGAGGUGGAAUGUGACAUUGCCUCAACAGUGGGGACUAUUUUCCAUGCUGUUCUGGCCUUCAUCAACCUUGGGGAGCUCGCCUACUUUGGCUUGGCUUACAUGAAAGAUAAGUAGUUUUUUUUCCUGGACAAUGAAACCAGGUUGUGCAAAAUAGCCCUUGAAAGCUGGUGUGAGCAGCCCCAGAAGAAGACUUCCUUGAAUACUUUCACACUUUUUCUGAAGAUAAAUUUCUUUGUCAGUCACCAUGGACUGCUCCAGAACAGCCAGACAAGACAUCAGUUUUACCUGAUCCUGGAGAAGAAGCUGUAUUGCAAUGAUGAGACACUGCUUCAGCUGGGAGUUCUCGCCUUGAAAGCCUAGUUUGGCAGUUACCCUGAGGAGCAAGUAGACUGUAAAGCCUAUUUUCGAGUUGAAGAUUAUAUCCCAGCAAGUCUGAUUGAGUGGAUGACCUCUCUCCAGGUCCAAGCUGAAGUCUCACAGAUGCACCACCUGAGUCCUGUGCUCUGGGGUGAGGCUGCUGAGCUGGAGUUCUUGAGGGUCACUCAGCAGCUCCCAGAAUAUGGUGUGCUGGUUCACUGAGUUCUCCUGCAGAAGACAAGGCCAGAAGGGGAGAUGGCCUUAGGGAUCUGUGAAGGUAUCAUAGUAUAUGUGAAAAACAAUAGUAGAAUUGCAACUUAAAGGUUUCAGUGAAGAGAAAUUGGGAAGAUCUCGACUUGUCCAAAGAAGUUCACCAUCACAAGCAGCACCACUGGGAAAAAGCAUGCAUUUGUCACUGAAUCGGCCAACACCUGUGAAUAUUUACUGCGCCUCUGCUCUGCCCAGCAUGGGUUUAAUGCUCAGGUGCGCUCUCCCCGAGCUGUAACUGACCAUGCUAAGUGCGUGCCAAUGGCCGAUAUGAGUCUGGUCCAGUCCAAGCCCCUCUCUUGGAUUCAGAGAUUGUAAUACUCAGAAAACGCAUUGUUCACACCCAGACUGGAGGAUACCACAGGAGGCCUGCUGCACUUGUCACUGGAUAACUUCAAUGUGGAAACCAGCAAAGAGACUGGGACAGAAGGAACCUGAGGCAGCCCCUGCACUGGCCAGAAGCAGCUGGAGAGCAUCUGUUUGAUCCAGAAGCUGGCGACGUGUGACUCUCUCUCUGGACUGCCUGUUCAGAGUGUGCGCAUGAGGACCCAAAGUAACAGAAAAAAGAGCUUUAUAGCGGAACCAGAAGGAGAAAUUGUGCAUGUGACACUGACUUGGGAUCCACAUCAUAGUUUUGCUUUUGUCAUUAAUGAGAGAGAAGAUGUAGGCAAAGCUGAUCCUGGCAUCUUUAUGUCUUCUAUUAUACCUGGAGGGCCAGCUGAAAAAGCUAAAAAGAUCAAACCAGGAGGGCAGCUACUAGCUUUGAAUCACAUCAGUCUGGAGGGGUUCACAUUCGACAUGGCUGUUAGAAUGAUUCAGAAUUCUCCUGAUAACAUAGAAUUAAUUAUUUUUCAGUCAAAAAGUAUGUCUUCACUUGAAUUUAGUAGCUGGAGAGCCUCUUCUGUUUUCAGAAGCACAUUAUUACCACGGGGGACUGGAGCUUUAAGCACGUGCAGGUCUUCUGUGUUGCUUUCCUCAUGGGAGUGGCUGGCAAAGAGGCAAUGGAGUGGCACAAAUCGAUAAGCCCUGCAAGUUCAUGGGCAGA